GCAUCAGGUGAUUUAUUGCGUCUUAAAAGUUCUUGGAAUAGGUAUCUGUUUGAAAAGGUUAUCCCAGUAGCAUGGAAAAAACUUUUAUCGCAUGUAAAAGAAUAUGUAUCAUUUGAACAAAUUUAUACACUUUGGCCUAUACCUGCGGAUGGAUCCUUUCGAGAAUUAAAUGAAAAAGAUUGUCUCUGGUUUAACCUUUUACAGAAUGUUAUCAAUCAGAUUGAUCCUAAUCUUGGCACUUUUCGUGGUCCAUCUAAAUAUUUAUCAAUUAAUGAUGGACAUUUGAACGACAAGAAAUUUGGCAAAUCUUCAGCUCUGUCAGAAAUAUUGGCCAAAUUAAAUUUUCCAAUUUUUGUAAAUAUUCCGGAACCAAUAAUUGACAAGUUAGAACAAGACACUUCAAAACAUAAAAGACUUUUGAAUUAUGUUACUCCAGAAAAAGUCUGUAAAUAUAUUCUUGCCAACUUGAACAGAUUAAAUAAUCUUGGUCGUCAAGAAAAAUUAAUUUUAUUGGAAUAUGUUCUCAAAGCUAAUGAUGUUUCUAAACUUUACGGUCUUCCUCUGCUCCCACUUGAAAAUCAAACAUUUACUACUUUUGAAUCUCAAUAUCGGAGUAAAUUCUACAUUUCUAGUAAAGAUGAACAUAUUCUUAUUAACAAAGAUUAUCUAGGAGUAAUCGUUGAUACCACAAUCGGGAAAGAGCUUUUAUCAAUAUUACAAAAUUAUGCAAUAAAUAAAAAGAAUAUCAAUGUACAAAUUCUUUCAGAUAUUGACUUUGCAGAAUUUCUUAAAAAAUCUUUACAAAAGUACAAGAUAUAUUCUGAAAAUUCUCAAGAAAUGCAAAUAGAAACAAAUCACAUGCAAUGGUUAUAUAAAAUCUGGGAUCAUUUGAAACAGUCAAAUAGGAACUUGCAAAAUUUUUCGGACAUUCAUCUUUUACCAAUCGAAAAUAAUAAUAAUAAUGUUAUUACUUUGAGGAAAUUAAGAGAAAUGCCAAAAUGCUUAUGUCGUCUGUCACGUAUUUCAACUUUGCUACUUCAAAAAUUAGUUACUCCAUUAAAAUUAUUGGGUUCAACCUUUAUUAAUGUUAAUUUUGAAAAACAAGUUGUUUCGAAAUAUGAAGGACUUAGAAACUAUGUAGUUGAGAUUGAUAAUAUUACGGCUGUCUUCUCAUCACUCAGAGAAAAUCCCUCUUUCCCUUUAAACAUUACUCAGCCCGCUCUUUCAAAUUAUCAAAAAGAAGAUUUAAUCUCCUAUAUUGGUGCUUAUUUGCGGCGUGAAUCAUCUUUUGAUCAAAAAGUUGUAGAUGUAAUCAAGCAGCUCCCAAUAUUUAACGAAGCCAACAAGAAUGAUGCCAUAAGUAUCAAUUCAUUAAAUGCAUCGGGAAGGAAAUAUUACUUACUUCCUAAAGAAGAUGAACUAACAUGUGGACUCGUUAUUUCGCCUUGUGCAUUCUUGGAUGCUCAUACUUCUGAUAACAAUUGUUUUAUUCUUGAAAACGUGAUCAAAGUAAAACGAUUAGAACAAAAGGAAUAUUGGAAAGAUCAUGUUAUCUCUUAUCUAGGUCUUCAAUCACCAAAUAUUAUGGAUCAAGUGAUUAUAAAGCUUUUUGAAAAAUGGACAAUUAUUAAACCUUUUCAUAGUCAACUUUCUAAAAUAGCAUUCGUUAAAACUUCUUCAGGUUUGAAAAAGCCAGUCGAGAUUUUCGAUCCAGAUAAAAUCGCAAUAAGAGAAUUGUUCUUUUCGGAUGAACCAUUCUUUCCUGUUAAAAAAUAUCCAACAAAUGAUUAUCUUUUUAAAUUAAGUGAAUUGGGAAUGAAAAAAAUAAUGACUGCCGAGGAUGUUAUCAAUCGAAUUGAAGAAUAUAAAUCAAGAAUGAGUCAUGACCAAAUUUAUGAAACACAUUCUAAAUCUCUUUUGCUUUUAAAUUAUAUUGAUGAUAAUUAUUCUAGUUUUAAAGAUAAUAUCACAUUUCAAAAAAAGAUUCUAUCCGAAAAAUGGAUUCCAACAUUUAAUUCAGACAACCAACUUAUGUUUUCAAAACAUUCAGAUUGUCGUGAUCGAGUGCAUGCAGUCCUGGUUUCUUAUACAUUGCCAAUAGUUAACGAUAGAAUAGCUAAUGAUGACUUACGCAAAGUUCUUGGAUGGGAUAGGAUUCCGCCAACAGAAGUUGUAAUAAAUCAAUUAUUACGCUCAUUAGAAAUAUUUAAAACAACAAGAAACUAUAAUAUAAGUGAUUAUAAAAUUCGAGAUCAAAUUAGUUCAAUUUACAAACAUUUUAAUGACAUAAUUAAUCAACCGAAUGGAUCAGCUCAUUUAGACCUUUUAAAACAAGAAUUAUUAGGAAAGAAAUGGAUUCUAAAUGAUGAUAAAUUUUAUUCAACAGAUAAAGUUGUAUUCUCACUUCCUAGUUUUAUUCCUAGUGGUUAUUGGGUUCAACUUUCACAUCAAAAUAAAAGACAUUCAUUACUUUUUGAAAAACUUGGCGUUAAAAAAGCACUUAAUAAUGAUGAUUAUUUUCGAAUUCUUUGUAAUGCAGAUUUUUCCGAUCCAUUACAAAAAAUUAGUGUAAUAUCUAUAAUUGAUAAAUUAUCAAAAACUGAAAAAGAUUUAACAGGAUUAUUAAUUCCGAAUAUGGAAUGUAAAAUGGUAGAUUAUAAAACUGUUUUAUUUGAUGAUAUGGGUUCAAGAGUUAGUGAUUCAAUGAAAGAUUUUAAUGUAUUAGCUCAUACAGAAAUUUCAAAAGAUCUAGCAAAUAGAUUAAAUCUUAGAAAUUUUAGCGAAACUUUUUUGGAAGAUACUAUGUUUAAUUUUGGACAACAUGAAGAAUUAACUACACGAUUGAAAAAUAUUCUUAGAGAUUAUAAUCGUAAGGAGAUAGUUUUUAGAGAGUUUCUUCAAAAUGCAGAUGAUGCAGGUGCAAGUCGAUUUUGUGUUAUUCUUGAUGAAAGUCAAUACUCAACUAAAUACUUAUUAAAGCAAGAUACUAUGGAAUGUUGGCAAGGACCUGCAAUAUGGAUAUAUAAUGAUGGACAAUUUGCUGAAGAAGAUUUUAAAUCACUUUGUAAUCUUGGAAAAAGUAGUAAAUGGCUACAAUAUGAUAAAAUUGGAAAAUUUGGACUUGGAUUUAAUUCAUGUUAUCAUUUUACAGAUUUACCACAAUUAAUAUCAGGCACGGAUGUAGUAUUCUUUGAUCCUCAAAAGGCAAUUCUUCCUAAUAAUAGUUCUGGUGCAAGAUUUAGUUUUAAAAAUUAUAAUGAAGAUCAUAUUUUCAACAAAUUUAAAGAUCAAUUCGAACCUUUUUUAAAAGUUAAAGGAUGUGGAUUUGAUAUUGAUUAUAAUAGAGAAUUUAAGGGAACUCUUUUUAGGUUACCUCUUAGAAAAAACAAAAGUUUAAUUUCAGAUGAAAUUGAUGAUAUUGAAAAAGUUAAAGAAUCAUUAAACAUUAUAAAGAAUGAUGCAAUGUCGGAAUUAAUUUUUCUACGCAAUGUAAAAUGUUUUGAAGUGUUUAGAAAAACUAGCAAAAAGAAUGAUAUAUUAGUACCUUUAUGGAAAGUUGAAAUUACAAGAAAUGCUGAAAAUCGAAAGCUUUAUGGAAAAGAAUUACAAGCAUUUCAACUUGAUGUUCAGCUUGAUUUAUAUAUCGAAAAACGAGUAUUAUCUAUGUGUAAUUGCUUAGUAGAAAAGAGAGAAAAAAAGAAAGAAGAAAAAUCAUGGCUUAUAUGUUCUGGAGAAAAUAAUAUUAAUCUGAAUACAUGGGGUGGAAUAUCUGUAGCUAUUCCUGAAACGCCAUCAAAUCCGUUAUUGGAAAAAGAAAUAACCCAGAAUGGAAAUUUUCAUGCGUACCUUUUACUUUCUAUUCCUUCAGGACUUUCAGUAAACUUACAUGCGAGUGGUUGGGCACUUUCAUCUGACCGAAGAAGUCUUGUUUUUGCUAGCGAUAGUCAAACUUGUAUUAAAAAUGAUGCAAAAUCAACUCAAAAUAUGAAGAUUUUGGACCAAGUUCUUCCAGAACUACACGUAAAACUUUUUGAGGAAUAUAUAAAAUUAGAAGAAUUUUCUAGAUCUAGAUUGUCGGACAACGUUAAUUUUCAAGGCAUUACACGAUUAUGGCCGAUUCCAGAAAAUAAAAAUGUUGAAAUAUUGAAAUAUGGGUUGAAGGUGUUAGAACUUGCAAUUGAAAAAGGUUGUAAAAUAUUUUGGUCAACGUUUAAGGAUGGCACAUAUGUCAGUUUCAAAGAUUGUGUCUUUGUAACUAAAGAAACCCCACAAGCUGUUGUUCACUUUCUUAACAAACAUGAAUAUCCUGCAGUUUUAAUGGAAACUAAACGCUUGGAAGAAUUAGAAACAUUAAAACCUCGAAAAGCUAGCCCAGAGCUUAUUCGAAAAUUUUUGAAAAACAAUGAAAGCGUCUUAAAUAUGCAGGAAGAACAUCUUUUCAAUUUAUUUCGUUAUAUUCUUGAAGAUAAAAAAUAUGAUGACCUUGAAGAUAUUCACUUGGUUCCAUUAUUUAAUCAUAAAUUUGGAAAAUUUAAACAUGGUAAACCAUACUACAUUAGUACGAAAGAACAAUAUAAAUUAUUUCCUAAUGCUGGACCGCACCAUUUUAUUCCUAUUGAAUUACUUAAAUCACGAAAAUUAAUGCCAAUAUUUUCUGAUGAUGAUUUUCGUAAAGCAACCGAUAUUAAAGAUUUCGGAGAACCAACAAUCAAUCAUCUCUUAUAUCAAGAAUUACAUAUUGAAUCGGAACGAGAUUGGAAUCCACAAGAUUCAACUACAAUUCCAAAUCAACGAUGGCUUGAUGAAAUAUGGAAAUACAUAGGUGAUAAUUCAUUGGAACCAUAUAACUCAUUCCCUUUAUUAGAAGUUUAUGAUCCAAUUAAUCCAACUAAACAUCAACUUGUAAGCAUAAAAAAUGCAACUUCCAGACCUUUAGUAACAUACAGUGAUCAUUCAUCACCUUCAGGAAUUAUUCAAACUUUGGCAAACAUUGGAAUUCGAUUUACUAAACACCAAACUGAUAAUAAACUCUCUAAAUAUAUUUAUGAAUUAGGACCAUCUAAUGUUUUAUCGGCGAUUAAAAAAUAUCAAUGUGUUGAAAAAAAACUUUUCACUAACAAGAAAGAUAGAGAGGUUUUAUGCCAAUAUUUUUGUAAUGAUAUGAGUUUACGUACAACUACUUCAGGAGGUUACACAUAUCCCCUAGCGAAUGAAAUAUCAAGACUGCCUAUAUGGCCCACAUAUACUGAAGAUUCUGAUGGAAAUCCAAUAUGUAAAUCUAUUGCGGAUCCUGAUACCUAUCUAAUUCCAAAGCCUUCAAAUUCACAAAAAGAAUUUACAUUUUAUCCGCCGAAAAACAAGAAUGUUUAUUACUAUAACACAACAAGCAUUUACCAUAUGCGAUCACUAUUACAUUUUGCAAACACUAAAGAACGAGAUAAAUUAGCAUAUGUUAGAGAUAUCAUUGUAUCUGAUAUGGAAUCAAUCCCUUCAAAUCUUCAAGAAUCUUAUUUAAAGCUUUUAACUGAAAUAUUUUUUGACUCUGCUAAAAUCUAUGGAGUAAAAGAUUAUUUAAAAGAUUUAAAAUUCGUUCCAAAUAAGCAUUUUAAGCUUAUUUGUGCAAGAGAUUUAUAUGAUCAAAAUCAUCAAUUAUUUAAAUUUAUAUAUGAUGAUGAUCGAUUUCUUCAAAAUAGGCUUCAAGAUAAUUCAAAUUCUUUAAAGUUCCUUAAAGAAAUUGGUUUAAAAGGAGAUGCUAAUGAAUACCUAUUUAUUAGAUGUGCUGAAGAGAUUGCAAAUAAAUUUGAGAAAAGUAAAGAAAAUAAGGAUAGUUUAUCCAAACUCAGGAAUAUUAAAAAUUCGACAAAAAAGACUGUUUUUUACUUUUACGAUCAUUCUGAUUUAAAAUUUACUGAAGAAGAAUGGAAUGAAUUAGCAAAUAUAAAAUUUGUUCCAAUUACAAAAUUUAAAUUUGGUCCAAAUAAAUUUUUAAAUGAUUUAUACUCUCGUUAUUCUCGUUAUGGUGAAAAUUCGGAUAAUGAAUUAGAAUGUUUUAAAAAUAUAUGUCAUCCAAAAUAUGUGAGUCUUGCGUGGACACAGUCGGCAUUUUUUGAAGAUGAACCACCUGAAGAAAUUUUAAAAAAAUACGAAGAUUUUGAAAUACCUCUUGGUAUACCAACUAUUCCAACGAUCAUUAAUCAUUUAAAGGCAAUCCAAUCAACAGUAUCCAAGUCGGAUGAUUGGAAAGAGUUAGGUGAAAUAGGCGGUCGUUUGUUAUUUGAUGAGUUAGGACAAAUAUAUAAAAAGCUAGAAUCUUAUAGUGAAGAACAAAAAUCUAAUUUUCCUAGAGGACUUAAAAGGCUUCAAAUCUUUUUAAACGGUACUGAUCCAUUUGAUUCACAAAGUUGGGUUACGGCUACAAACCUUGAUUUAAGUCUUGAAAAAGAUUUCAACUUUAAAAGAAGAGCAGUUGUCGAACAUCUUACAAAAUAUCAAAAUCUUUUAAAAUUAGCUGGUGUGAAUUCUCCCGAUAUCCCUGUUUGGCACAAACCUGAACCUAAAGAAGAAAAUUCUAGUAAAUUAUCAAAGUCUAUGAUAGAAUUUUUGAAUGAUGGAAAUAAAACUCCAUUUAAUAAUGUCUUAUUUAAUAUUAAUGGUGAAAAUAUUUAUGCAAAUUCAUCAAUAUUAAUUUGUGCUGCUCCAUAUUUUAAAGAAAUAUUUUUUGAACCUUUAACAAACUUUUAUAAUCAAGAAUAUGAAGAUAUUGAACCUGAUUCGUUCCGUAUAUUAUUAAGAUGGUUGUAUGGAGAACCAUUAUCUCAAGCCAUACAAAAUAAUGGAAAGAAAUAUGAUGAUGGAAAUUUUCAAAUUUAUCAAGAUUUUUUGAUAGCAUCUAAAAAAUUUAAUAUUGAAUCAAUUAAAGAGUUGAUUGAAUAUAAAUUAGUUAUGUACGUUAAUGAGGAUUUAAUUGAUGAUAAUUUAGAAAAAGUUAAAGAAUUGGCAGAGGAAUAUGAUAUAGAAACUUUAGAAGAUAUAAGUGAAAACAGUAAUAGUGCAACAAACAGAAGUAACUCGGCUAAAAAUAAGAAUGCACCGAAAAGGCGUUCUAUUAUAAAGAGUUUAAAGAUUAGAUUUAGCAAACGCCUUCUGUCAAAAACGGAUACAGAGC